AGGGAGGUGUGUCACGUUUUGAUGAUAGAUCACUAAAUCCGCUCUCAUGGUCGGCAUAGCUGCAUGUCUCCCCUAAACUAUGUAUAACACACUAACGUAUGGGAGAGGCCUAGAGAUUUGUACGGUGUGUAAAAGGCAUGUCUGUGAACGUGCACCACUGGAACUCGUCAGCGGAUGGACAGCUCGCUGAGGCCGCCAUGCGGAAGAAAAUAGAAGCGCAGGGAUUCAGAGUCACAAAGUAUGUGUACCCCCCUGGGACGUAUUUCCCUGACCACACCCACACGGUGGAUAAGAUCGAUGGCGUCGUCAGCGGGCGUUUCCGGAUGACCAUGUACGGACAGGAGGCGGUGCUGGGGCCUGGUGAUUGGUUAGAAGUUCCCCGCGGAGCGGUACACAGUGCGGAGGUCGUAGGUCAGGAGGCGGUCGUCAGUUUAGACGCCACCAGGAAAUGACAACGGCUACAGGGACUUUGUUUUAUCAUCAUCUUAUGCUUUAUAGAAAACUUUAAAACCACACAAGGAUGUUGUCGGUUGAGAUGUCAAUAGGAAAUGAUAACAGCUACAAGGACUACAAGGUUUCAUACGAAACUUUAAAACCACACAAUAAUGUUGUGAGUUUAGAUGUCAAUAGGCAAUGACAACCGUUACAAGAAUUUUGUUUUAGAAGAAACUUUUGAACCAAGCAAGAAUGUUGUCAGUUUAUUAGAAUCAAUCAUUUAAUAGAUGUCACGAGGAAAUGACGAUCAUUACAAUACUUUCUUUUAAGAAACCACACAAGAAAUUAAAAAUGUAACAAUGUUGUUCUCUAUCUCUCUCGGUUUUGCUUUGCGAACGAAGAUUAUCAACCUAGACACACUAGGAAAUGAAAAUCAUUGAAAGAACGUGUCCAGGCGACAACAAGCCCAAACCACACAAAGGCGUAGUCCAAGAAUGUUAAGAAUGUUCCCUAGAAAGUGUUACAAGAGACAAGCACUGUGCGCGUGGAUUUUGCUCAAUCACAGCUUGGAACACUAAGAGAAAUCCAUUCAAGUUGAGGUUUAUUACUAUGUUCAAUGAGCAGAGAAACUUUCAUCUGUGUUUAGAUUUGUGUUGCAAUACUGCUAUAUACUGUGAGUUACAUAGGGAUUCAAAUUCCACUGUUCUGCAGCACAAAGAAUACAGGCUUCAGUCCAACAAUCCCACAGAAGUAGGUUUAUAUGAAGAUUUAUUGAUAAGAUGUCAGCAUGACAGAUAUGUGUAAUAUGUACAAUAGAUCAGCAAGUGAGGGGUUUGUACAGAUUAGGACUUAAUAUAGUAAAGAGAUAUAAAGGACCCAAAACUGUCCAUAUACAAAUAAAAUACAAAUGAAAUCAUGUUCUUUGUCACUUCUUUGGAAAACAUUGACGUUGGCUAAAUUGUAAAAGCAACAAUACAAUGUGUGAUUAGUUAAACCUUACGUUUCCCCUACUGUUCCACCUUAUAGGACACUAUUACUACAUUGUUUUACAUCCCACAUCUCAGUGCAACACAUGCUUAUUUCACUACAAGUACUGCUGAUAAAUUAAAAUAAUAGUUUUUUGACACAUUUUAGUAUUUUCUACGUAGUAUACGAAUUUGCCAAGGUGGCAGUUCUGUCUGUGGAGACAACACAGAAUUCAGUUUACUUGUGACACAACAACAAGUAGACAUGUUGUAACCUCACUGUAACGUUGGAAGAGGUCUCAUUGUGAGUUGUCAUACCUUUGGGCUCAGUCUGAUUUGAGAGCAUAUAAAUAUCAUAAGGUACUCGGUAGAAACACUGAUGGUGUACAGAUAAACUGGUUGAUCGGACAUCAGUAGAUUUUGACACUGUGCGAGAUACAGACUGCUGUAACACUGUAUUUGUGAUUCCGUGUACAACAUGUGACCAGGACAGACCAGACUGCAGCAUGUGAUUUUUGAGCCUUGUUCAAGUUCAUUUCUGCACCUUCUGACCUUGCAGGGUAGAUACCACUUCUGGGUUUGUCUGUAAGAGGCACCAACUUUUACCAUUCAGGCCGCCCAACAAUGCAGCACCAAAAAUUACCCCAGGUAUCUUUUCUUUUGUAUGGAAUACUUGACGUGUAAACUUCAAAUUAUGCAUAAUUAUCUUUUGACAUUUUUUUUUCUUUCAAAAAUGGCAGAUAAAGAUUGAUGCCUGUUUGCAGAAAGGUGCAGAAACAAAAGUAAAGUAGUGGUGGGAUGUAGACUACAGCUACAUGUAGACUAGCGU